CUAACACAAGGACUUCCAACUAAGGCAGAGCAAGACCAGAGCUUUCCAUUUAUUUCAGACUUUCACUAAUUCUCCAAAGAAAAUGCCCUUUAAUUGGGGUGGGGGUGUCCACUCUUAGGGGCGAAAAGAAGGAUCUAUAUAGGCUGUGCAAUCAAACAAAAAGAAAUGUCAAAAGUCUGCGAUCUCACUCACGCCAAUGUAGAGAAAUCCAGAGAGCCGCCUCUUGGCCCAGACCUUUCCCUUCUCCCUGCCUUUUGGGGGGAGCAGGGCCCUGAAAAUGGGAGUGGGGGGACCUUCCCUUCUCAGCCCCUACCUGGCCGUUCCGGAGUGGGGGCGGGCGGUGGUUCAUGUCCACAGGCCCGGAGGGGAUCGUCGCGGUUUGGGGGCAGCCGUACUUGGCUCCUGCCGUUUGUGGGGCGUCACAGGCACAGCCAUGGCGUCACCACGCUCCCGCGGCAGCUUUUGGGCCCCGGCCCUGGAGGCAGCGGACAGCGCUGCCAGACAGGAAGAGGCCGCCCUGGUGCCCGGGCUGGGUUGGCGGCUGUGGGGGCUGCUGCCCCUGCGGGGUCCUCCUGGCCCGGGACAGCGACCUUCGCGGCGGCGGCGGCGGGUGGAGCAGCCUCCAGGCCCUUUCCCCCAGGCCGCCGUGAGGCCGAGGCCGGAGGGAUCCCAGAGCACCUGUACGUCCUGGCAGGCCUUGAACAACCCGACCGGGGGCCUCUGUGUCCCCUCCUCUCAGGCUGCCAUCAGGCUUGUCCAGAUGAUCCCGAGGCUAAGCGGGGCCAAGAUUACUGGCUCAGAGCGAUGCAAUUGAGAAUAGUUGAGCUGCACCUGGAAUCCAGACUCUCUCUCUCUCCAGAGCCUCUUGGCCUCAAGUCUGGUUGCUGGGAGUCACCAGCUUCUCCUCUUCUUGGAGAAUGGAAGCCAUGCCCUCUGCUUGCCUCCCAGCAGAUGACUGGAUGAAGACAUGGCUGUAUCCCCAUCACCCUACUCCCAGGAAGAGAAAUGCUACAAAUUACUUUGUGGUUCACUCCAGGAACUUACUCCAAAGAUUCAUCAGCUGUUUAGUAGAAGUCAUCCGAUGACAGCUUCUACCCCAAACUCAUUCACCUCUUCACCUCCAAAUCCUCACCAUGGUGUGCCCACAAAGCUGGAAAGAUUGUAUCAUGAACCUUGUCCAAUCGCAUGUAUCCUGAAAAUCUCAUCUUAAACCACACUUCGAAAUUAAAAAAUAUUAAUAAGCAUCCCAAUGUUGCUCUCUCCUA